AUGUCCACGUGGAACGUCUUUCGCAUCAUAGGCGAUUUCUCCCACCUGUCAUCAAUAUGCAUCCUGAUCUGGGCCAUCCACCGCAACAGGAGUGCCGAGGGCAUCUCCCUCCUCACACAAAUCCUCUAUGCCCUCGUCUUCGUCACGCGCUACCUCGACCUGUUCGUGCCGGAAGUGUGGGGUGGUAGGUCAUGGCAUACGAUAUGGAACCUCAGCUUUAAGAUCUUCUACCUACUCACCUCAUUCUACAUUGUGUACCUGAUGAUGAAGAUCUUCCCGCGCACGCGGGAGAGGGAGCGUGCGUGGAAAUUCGGGAUUUGGUCGGUCGGUGGUGCUGUUGUGCUCUCACCUGUCUCGAUCUUGAUCUUUGAGCGCGGGUUUCCUCCGCACUGGUUCUUGGAGCUCACCUGGGCCUUCUCCAUUAUCCUCGAGUCGGUGUGUGUCCUGCCGCAACUGAUCUUGCUGCGCCAAACCACCGUCCCGACAGUGAUCGACUCCUACUACCUGCUGACCCUGGGCUCGUACCGGGCAUUCUAUUUCCUGAACUGGCUGGUGCGCGGAUUCGGGAGCGGGCAAUGGGAUCCCAUUGCAUUUAUCUUCGGCAUCGUCCAGACGGCAUUCUACCUCGAUUUCGCUUGGGUGUACUAUACACGCCAGCGGGUGAAGCUGCGCAACGGCGGGGUGGUUGACUCGGAGGAUUUCCGGAAAAGCUGGCUGGUGAACCGCGUGGUGAACUUCCGGCGACCACGGGCCGCGGCGGAUGAGGAGCAGAACCUGCGGGAGGACGAGGAAGACGAGGGCUCGCAGAACACUAACCGAUGGGGUGCGAGAGGUAUCUCGAUCGCGGCAGAUGACGCACUGGAGCACGAUUUGGAUGAUGAAGAUGAGGAACAUGUCGCGCAGCAGCAGCAGCAUGUAGCGACAUCGUAA